GUCCCCAGCCGGCGGCCCCUUUUAGAGGCUCUGUUACCAUAGCGACGGAAGGCUCGCUCACCAUGGCAACCUACACCUGCGACCAGAAUGCAACUGCCGUGGGUGGCGUGACGCGGAUUUGUCAGGCAUUGGGCUCCUGGACGGGGGCAGCGCCCUUGUGUUCUUGUCCACCGCUUUCUGGUUUAACCAACGGAGUCGUGACCGUUGAUGACGCCUACGUCACAGCCAAAAACGAGUGUGAUGACGGUUACACACUAUAUGGUGACGUCACAAGAUCAUGCGACUCUGCGACUUACACGUGGGUUGGCGCGGAACCACAAUGCGUUGCCAGAGGUACCAGCACAGCUACUUCCGGUUCCAAUAACCUUCUUCCGGCAGUGAUCGUCCUAGCGAUACUGAUGACGGCGUUUGCUGCCGGAUUAGCAAUCGCUCUGUGGUACAUCUUUACACUCAAGAAGAACACACCGCAUCAGAUACCCAAACCACCUCUCAAAGCGGGAAGUGAAAACAAUGAGGACAAAGAUGACGAGGGAACUCCUCGCAUGAGGAUCUUCGGUCUAAAUAACUUCCUGUUUCAGUCGUCAAGGCCGCCCGUGGAGCACCGGCAGCACAUGCUCACUACUGGUGGCGAGCCUCAGUUGCCGGGAACCUCAACACGAGCUCCGAUCGGCCACCAAACUAAUGGGGGUUUGUUUAAACUUCGGACCUCAAAUUCAGACGUGUCCACUAGACAAUUGCAGCUCGAUCUUAUACGCGAGACGACCGAGAGCUCCAUAUUUCCGGACCGGCCCGCUCCGUGGGCCAGCAAACCAGCAGAGGACUGGCUAGAUUCUUCGUUGGAAUCCGGUACAUUCCGAUACGUGAAAAACAGGCAAUUACCGGCUUUAUCCAAGGAUAAAGAAAAGCGUUCGGAGUCCUUUGUCGGUGAACGGCGACGAAAGAAGGAUUCCGUCGGCAAAAAAAUACGUCGCCAAAAUUCCAUAGACACAACGGAAGAUGGUAAAACACCUGAUGAGAUGGAACUAGCAGACGAAAUCUCGAAGACGGUUGUCAUGAAUACCAGUUUCAAGCAGACGACUUCCGGGAAGAUCGCCCGUGCGAGCUCCCUGAAACAUCAGCUUCAGAUUCCCCUCAAGGACAUGAAUGGGACACCGAGGUCCGGCCCCAUGUCUUCGGUGCAAUGACUCUCCUUAAAUGUGUGAUAGGUAAUAAGUGAUAAGUGAUAAGAUAGAUAAAAACAAUUUAUUUGAAGUAUUUCGAUGUAUCUUUGUUGAUUGGUCACUUACAAAUAUUUUGGAGGCAUGAUGCGUAAGAGUUGACACCCAUCUGAACGACGUCGUCUGACAACGCUGUUGUAAAAUAUAUUUCCAUUCUUACCUGGAAUGGCAUGGUUUUUUUUUUUGCACAAUUAUAGGAGAAGAAAUUUACAAAGUCAAACCCUGCCAAAUUUCAGAGUGCUAAAUGCGAUAGGUCAGAAACGGGUAUUCGAGGCGUUGACAAACGAAUAUUGUUUAUAAUGUCUGAUUUUAAACAGGUUUAAUUUCAUGAAGUCAUAACACGCGUUAUAUUUAUGUAUCUCUUAGUCGCC